AGUUUAAGAAGGUUCCUGUAACAAGUUGUCAAAGGGCUCCCUGCCCUUACCUCGCCUGCAGCCAACAUGCAGGACACCCCAGCAACAUCAUCGGUCCCCGGGUCUCGCAGCCAAUCGGCAUUAAACAUCCAGCGCCAGGCCUCUGCUAUAGGUGGUACCAGCUCAAUGCCUCCCUCCUUGAAGACUAGCCCAAGCCCUGCCCCAGCCCACCUGAAGCCCAAGAUCCCAAAUGUCCGGCGCAUGCGCCGGAUCAUCUCCGAGGACGCAGAGUGGUCACUGGCCAUCGUACCACUCCUUACAGAACUCUGUAUCCAACAUAUCGUCAAGAACUUUCAGAACAACCCUAUCCUGAAGCAGCUGCUCCCAGAGCACCAACAGAAAGUCCUGAACCACCUUCCCCCUGACCUGCCACUGACGGUGACCGCCAACCUGAUCGAUGAUGAGAGCUAUUGGCACCGAUGCUGCAUCAAGCGCUGGCCCGUGUGCCACGUGGCCAAGCAUGGUGGCAGCUGGAAGCGCAUGUUCUUUGAGAGACACCUGGAGAACCUGCUGAAGCUCUUCAUCCCAGGCACCACGGACCCCAGUGUGAUCUUGGACCUGCUGCCCCUCUGCAGGAACUAUGUUCGAAGAAUCCAAGUGGAUCAAUUCCUCCCACCUGUGCGGCUGCCGACCCCGCCCCAGGCUGAGGAUCAGUCGGACUCUGGCAGCGAGGGGGAGGGGAAUGAACCUGAGAAGGACCACUACCAGUUGGAAGCUCUGGUGGCCGGCCUCAAGCACCUGGAGGAGCUGGACCUGGUGUACGGUGUCAAAGACUGUGGCAUGAACUUCGAGUGGAACCUCUUCCUCUUCACCUUCCGAGACUGCCACUCGCUGGCAGCCACCAUCAAAGCCUGCCACACCCUCAAGAUCUUCAGGCUGACCCGCAGUAAGGUGGAUGAUGACAAGGCCCGCAUUCUAAUCCGAAGCCUGCUGGAUCACCCAGCCCUUGAGGAGCUGGACCUGUCCCACAACCUCAUUGGAGACCGUGGCGCUCGAGGAGCAGCCAAACUGCUGAGCCACAGCCGCCUGAGGGUGCUCAACCUGGCCAACAACCAAGUGCGGGCUUCCGGUGCACAGUCGCUGGCUCAUGCCCUGGCACACAACACCAACCUGGUCUCCCUCAAUCUCCGCCUCAACUGCAUCGAGGACGAGGGUGGCCAAGCAAUUGCCCAUGCCCUGGAAACCAACAAGUGCCUCACCACGCUGCACCUCGGUGGCAAUGAGCUGUCUGAGCCCACGGCCACACUCCUAUCCCAGGUGCUCCCAGUCAACACCACACUCAUCAGCCUCAACCUCUCCUGCAACCAUAUCGGGCUGGAUGGUGGGAAGCAGCUCCUGGAAGGCAUGUCAGACAACAAGACCAUUCUGGAGUUUGACUUGCGUCUGUCAGAUGUAUCGCAGGAGAGCGAGUACCUCAUUGGCCAGGUUCUGCAUGCCAACCGAGAGGCCGCCCGCCAGCGGACCCUGAAUCCUGGCCACUUCAUGUUAUCCAUCACUAACAAUGGUCCUGAGAAUUCUGUAGGCUAAGAUGAGGGACAGGCCUAGAACAGUGAUCUGAUGGGUCACUGUGACACCCAUACCUUCAUUUCACAUCCUUGCUGUUCUGAGGAAGAGAGAAGAAGGGAAUCAUGAAUCU